UCAUGACGUCACAACACCGGAAGCAACCACUGGCGGUCCAAAGAAGGACUGGCUGCCAGGAAGUAGGGCGAAUGAAGUUCAUCUUUCUAAGCGGUGUGAUGGCGGAUGUGAGUGACACAAUAGACACCAUGAAGAACUAUCGCAUAGCCUUCGAGAAGGUUAACCCCGACCUCAGCCGCUACCCGUUCUGCAUCGUGUGGACGCCCAUCCCCGUGCUAUCAUGGCUGCUUCCCUUUAUUGGACACAUGGGGAUCUGCACCUCCUCCGGUGUGAUCCGAGACUUUGCUGGACCCUACUUUGUCUCGGAAGACAACAUGGCCUUCGGGAGACCAACAAAAUACUGGAUGCUUGACGUUAGCAAGGUCCACGCCGGCGGCUCCAACGCCUGGGACACGGCCGUCAGCGACGCGUCAGAGGAGUACAAGCACCGCAUGCACAACCUCUGCUGCGACAACUGUCACUCACACGUCGCCAUGGCGCUGAAUCUGAUGCGCUACGAGAACAGCACCUCGUGGAACAUGGUCAACCUCUGUCUGCUGGCGUUCGUCCACGGCAAGCACGUCAGCUGUGCCGGCUUCCUGAAGACCUGGCUGCCAAGCCUGAUGCUGGUGGGAGUCAUUCUCACCGCGGUCCUGGCCCUUAACCUGCGGUGACCUGGGGUCACAGAAGGACUAUCGGGGAGGGUGCACCGGGUCACAACCUCACCAACCCCCCUCCCUUCAAAGCCCUGGAGUCCGAAUGACCUUCUCGGCCAUGGAAGGUGUUUUUUUUUUUAUUUUGUUGAGCUUUUGUGUUCAGUAGCGUUCCAGACACCGCUCAAUAUUCCCCGUUGGUUCUUUUUUAAUGAACACACGCAAUGAUGAGGUUCCGCAAACGCGUGCUUCCGUUGAUGGCGUUUCUCUAUAUUUUUGAGGACUAAAACAGCAGAGGAGAUGGAACCCUGCCCUCUGAACAACGUAUGCCUUAUUAGGAAUUAACAACGUUGGCAACAUGCUUGUUUUGAUGCAGUGCCCACAUGUAAACUGUUAGAAUGCGGCAUUGUUAUUGUUUUUUGGGGUGUUUGUUUUGUAGCAUUGGAUCCUUGAUACUAACACUAUUUACUAUGAAAUACCGAAAAGGCCUGCAUCUUCUAAAACAAGAGUAAUUGUUUCUAUAGAAUCUAUAUUGUCAAUAUUGUGUAUUUUUAGAUGUCCUUUACAACGGUAUAACUUUGAUAGGUUUACAAUAUCGAUAUCCUAACUAAGUGCAUAUCUGAUCAACUGCAAAAUAAUCGGAGAAACCUCGACUAUUCUUGGCGACCAUAACCUGUAGCUGUAAAUGAAUGAAUGAAUGGCUGAAUGCUUUUGUAUUAUAGUGUGCCAAAUGUUUAUACAUGCAUUAUGCGCCCAACCUGAAUAGUGUCCUUAAAGGGGUUAGCAUACCUGCUUAUUAAUGUAGCAGGUAAUUUAUGGUUUUUUAAACGGGUAUUGAGGAAGAUGUGUCCCCUUUAUUGACCUAUCAUUGUUUGAUGUAGCACAGCUGCUUUUGCCUUUCUUUAAAUCUUUACAUUAAAUACAGUGUACAAAUAUU